UGUUGGCGGGGCGGCGGCCCGGCCGGCGGAGCGGCGUGGGCGUCGGGCCGUGGAGGCGGCGGCGGCGGCAGCGCCGCGGAGCGGGAGCCGGAGCCGGAGCGGGAGCGGGCCCGCAGGGGACGCGGUGGGGAUCUCGCCGCCCGGGGGUCGCGCCGCCCCACGGCGAGGGCGGGUCGCUGGCGCGUUGCGGACUCGCGGGCUCCGGGGCUGGGAGAGCGCAAUCUCCUCCCCCGAAAUUCCCCGGAAGCGCGGCGCGGCUGGCGAGCGCGGCGAUGUGAGGGAGGCGGCCGGCGGCGCCCGCCUCAGGAAGGGCAUGUUCGGAGGGGCGGCCGCGGCGCGCCGCCCGCCCCAGAGCCCCCUCCCCGCCGCCGCGCCCGGACCGCGAUAAAAGGGGCGGCCGCACUUCCUGACUCGAGCCCCGCGCUCGCCGCCGCCGCCCGCCCGCCCAGGGGGCGAUGACACGGCGCCCGCGGCGGCCCCGAGGCGCCGGGCGGGCCGUUUGCUGACCGGAUCGCGGCUGCCCGCCAGCGUGUCGGCGGCGCGGCCGCCAGCAUGGGCUGCGCCCCGAGCAUCCACGUUUCCGAGAGGCGGGCGGCGCACCCCGGCGGCAAGGAGGCCGAGGACGCGCCGGGCCCCGCGGCGCUGCCGCCGCCCCUGCCGCCCGGCGGGCCGGGCCUCCCCUCCGGCCAGAAGACGCCCGCUUUGCCUGGGGCCCGUGGCGCCGGCCUCGCGGAGCCCGAGCCUCGCGGCGGCAGCGGCACGAAGGUAGCAGUAGCUGAUGUGGAAUUUGGCCCCAUGAGAUUUCAUCCACAUCAACUCCAGGUACUUUUAGUGUUUACCAAAGAAGAUAACCAGUGUAAUGGAUUCUGUAGGGCAUGUGAAAAAGCAGGGUUUAAAUGUACAGUUACCAAGGAAGCUCAGGCUGUCCUUGCCUGUUUCCUGGACAAACAUCAUGACAUCAUCAUCAUAGACCACAGAAAUCCCCGGCAGCUGGAUGCAGAGGCGCUGUGCAGGUCUAUCAGAUCAUCAAAACUCUCAGAAAAUACAGUUAUUAUUGGUGUAGUACGCAGGGUGGAUAGAGAAGAAUCAUCUGUAAUGCCCCUCAUUGCUGCUGGCUUUACAAGAAGGUAUAUAGAAAACCCCAGCCUCAUGGCCUGUUAUAACGAACUGCUCCAGCUGGAGUUUGGAGAGGUGCGAUCGCAGCUGAAACUCAGAUUUGCAAGGAAACUUGAGGUGGAUGGUUGCCCUUGGGCCUGCUUCGUUCCUCACUCCUGGAUCUUCCACAGCCUGGCUGCAGCACUCCCACAGGCUGGUAACUCAAUAUUCACUGCAUUAGAGAAAAGUCAAGAAGCAGUUGAAAUUACAAGUGAAGACCACGUUAUACAGUAUGCAAAUCCUGCAUUUGAAACAACAAUGGGCUAUCAGUCAGGUGAAUUAAUAGGGAAGGAAUUAGCAGAAGUGCCUAUAAAUGAAAAAAAGGCUGAUUUGCUCGAUACUAUAAAUUCAUGCAUCAAGAUAGGCAAGGAGUGGCAAGGAAUUUACUAUGCCAAAAAGAAAAACGGAGAUAACGUACAACAAAAUGUGAAGAUAAUACCUGUCAUUGGACAGGGAGGAAAAAUUAGACACUAUGUGUCCAUUAUCAGAGUGUGCAAUGGCAACAAUAAGGCUGAGAAAAUAACUGAAUGUGUUCAGUCUGACAGUCGUACAGAUAAUCAGUCAGGGAAAUAUAAAGACAGGAGAAAAAGCUCACUAGAUGUCAGAGCUGUUGCCUCUCGAGCAAGUGAAGUUGCCAGCCAGAGACGACACUCCUCCAUGGCCCGGAUACAUUCCAUGACAAUUGAGGCGCCCAUCACCAAGGUAAUCAAUAUUAUCAAUGCUGCCCAGGAAAGCAGUCCCAUGCCUGUGACAGAAGCCUUAGACCGUGUGCUGGAAAUUCUAAGAACCACUGAAUUAUAUUCGCCACAGUUUGGUGCUAAGGAUGAUGAUCCUCAUGCCAAUGACCUCGUUGGAGGCUUGAUGUCUGAUGGUUUGCGAAGACUAUCUGGGAAUGAAUAUGUUCUUUCAACAAAACAUCUUCAACAGGUUUCAAACAGUAUAAUCACUCCCAUCUCCCUUCACGAUGUCCCACCACGGAUAGCUCGGGCCAUGGAAAAUGAGGAAUACUGGGACUUUGAUAUUUUUGAACUAGAGGCUGCCACACAUCAAAGGCCUUUGAUUUAUCUUGGUCUCAAAAUAUUCGCUCGCUUUGGAAUCUGUGAAUUUUUAAACUGCUCCGAGACAACGCUGAGAUCUUGGUUACAAAUUAUUGAAGCCAAUUAUCAUUCUUCUAACCCCUACCACAAUUCUACACAUUCUGCUGAUGUCCUUCAUGCCACUGCCUAUUUUCUCUGCAAAGAGAGGAUAAAGCAAACUUUAGAUCCGGUUGAUGAGGUAGCCGCCCUCAUCGCAGCCACUGUUCACGAUGUGGACCACCCUGGGAGAACCAACUCCUUCCUGUGUAACGCUGGCAGUGAGCUGGCCAUUUUGUAUAAUGACACUGCUGUGCUGGAGAGCCACCAUGCGGCCUUGGCCUUCCAGCUGACCACUAGAGAUGACAAAUGCAAUAUCUUUAAAAACUUGGAGAGGAAUGACUAUCGGACCCUGCGCCAGGGUAUUAUCGACAUGGUCUUAGCCACAGAAAUGACAAAGCACUUCGAGCAUGUCAACAAAUUUGUCAACAGCAUCAACAAGCCCUUGGCAACACUAGAAGAAAAUGGGGAAACUGAUAAAGAUCAAGAAGCCAUAAACACUAUGCUCAGGACUCCAGAGAACCGGACUCUGAUCAAACGAAUGCUGAUUAAGUGUGCUGAUGUGUCCAAUCCCUGCCGCCCCCUAGAACAGUGCAUUGAGUGGGCUGCACGCAUCUCAGAAGAAUAUUUUUCUCAGACUGAUGAAGAGAAGCAGCAGGACUUACCUGUGGUGAUGCCAGUUUUUGACAGAAAUACCUGCAGCAUCCCCAAAUCCCAAAUCUCUUUCAUUGACUACUUCAUCACAGACAUGUUUGAUGCUUGGGACGCCUUUGUAGACCUGCCUGAGUUAAUGCAGCAUCUUGACAACAACUUUAAAUACUGGAAACGACUCGACGAAAUGAAGCUGCGGAGCCUCCGACCACCUCCUGAAUAGUUCGUGACACCCCCUGGGGCCCUGAAGCUUUGUCCCUCGGUCAUUUGAAUUCCUGAGGGCAGCCAGAGUCCCUUGGUCCUUUCAGUAUUAGGCAGAACAGUCCCCAGGUCUGCACAGCCUGUGAAAGCACACGGGGACCUUGGUAACCUUCUGUAGCCACCAUCUGAUGCCAUUGCCAUAAAGUGAGACCUAGUCCACUGUACCUGGGCCUGCUGCAGGGGCUCCUCAGGUCACCUAAGAACCAUGGUUUGUAUUAACUUUUGUUAAAACACAAGUGUGGGAGUGCCCCUGCAAAGGACAUUGACGUAUUUCCUGCCAGUGACAGAGAAUGUCUUGUUGCAAACAAUUUCUCUCAAUUAUUUUCAGCACUUAAGAACAGCUAAUGGCAAUCGGAUCUUUAGCAACUUUUUCCACAUCAUAGAAGGUGCAAUCACUUGCUCUGGAACACUACUGAAAGUGACUUCUCUUUUAAGAUUGAGUAGCAAAUGAAAAAUACAAAGAAAUUUUGAAGUUGAUUAUUAAUGUCAAUUAUUAAAAUGUUUUAUUUAUUUUAUUAGAAGUUCAAUAUUUUCUAUGAAUUUAAAAAUACUUCAAAGCCAAAGCCAACUCUAAAUGCCAUGACCAAAUUUACAUGAUUCAUAUGCAUUACAUAUGUAUCACUUGGUGUACAGACUUAUUUUCAUAAUGCAAAUUAAAAAUAUAAAUGAGACAUUUUUACUGCACUACAGAAAUAUUUGUGUAUGUUAAACUUUUCUGAUUGACGCUAAUUGGGAAAAGCUGUUUUGUGGGUGGGUCUGACUCUAGAGAGCUCAAGGAGACGAGCUCCUUCUGUGUAGAAACCAGAGCUCUGAGCCCUCCAGUCAUCUGAUGGGCCUCGCAGGUGCCUCCCCAGAGUAAAAGAAAUUUGGAGUUAACACUUUUUUCCUAAAUUUUUAUAACUGAAUUUCCAAAAGUCUACCUUAUUUUAUAGUGUUUCUAUAAAAUAUUCCCUAUAAAAACAGAGUGAAAACGGAAUAUUUAGUGAAUUGACAUUUUAUAACCAAUCUGUUUUCAUCUGCAGUGGGAAUCUUUGAUUCCAGAAAUUUACAAGGUUCCAUGUCUUCACAUUUUGAUUAAGUGUAGUACCAUAAAAAAUGAUGACAUGUCAAAGUGCUUGUCAUUUCAUUUUAAACUUGUAUUUUUUUUUCCAAAUAAAAAUGAAAUUAAACUAUU